AUGCAAUUUACAGUCGCUGCCGCUGCCUUCAUGGCCUCUGCCGUUAUGGCAACUCCAGGUGCCACCGUCUACUCCACCAUGGAGGUCACCAUCACCUCAUGCGCUCCCACCGUUACCAACUGCCCAGCUCGUUCCACCGUUGUUAGCACCACCUCCUGUAAGCUCAACUUCCAUCAACCUCAAUUUUCCAGCAUUUACUAACACACGAUUUAGUCCCAGUGGUCCCAACUCCAAACCCUUAUCCCGUUCACUCACCAUCUCCAGUUCCAGUUGUUCCAAGCCCAGCUCCAUAUGUCCACCACAACGCUUCCGUUCCAGCUGCUUCCGCUACCAAGAACUCUGGAACUCCAUACAACCCAGUUUCCGUUGCCAAUGAGUCACCAGCUCCAUCUGAGCCAGCUGUUCCAGAGAAACCAGUUGGACCAGCCCCACAAAUCUCAGUUGUUGCCAUCACCUCAUGUGUCCCAACUGUCAUCUACCAAACCAUCACUGUCUCACCAACACUUAAGCCAUCUGCCCCAGUUCCAUCCAGCACCGGCUCCAUCAACAUCCCAAAGAACGUCACCACCCCAAUUGCCACCCCUACCCCAACUGCUUUCACCGGCUCUGCUGCUGGUCUCCAAGGAUCUGCUGCUUUCGCCGCCGUUGCCGGUCUCGUUGCCAUUCUCUUCGUUUAAGUCACUGCUACCGAAUUUUGAAGCCUGAAUCCUCUCAACCGGUCUUGUUCAUGAUUAGGGCUAUGGCUUUUACGAAAAUUAUACCAAUGCAUGGGUGGUUCGAUUUAUGGUGCACAUACAAAAGGAGCGACAAUACGAAAACGGGGUGUUUGUUUUUCUAGAUUCUUGUAAUUAAUUGUAUAUGAAAAGGUCUGACUGGCCUGAUUUUGUGGUAAUGUGGGGAGUCAAGCCCUUGGGGACCCUGUAUGUAUCGUCAAGAACUUUUGUGUACAUUAUACAAAAUGAGUCGAGCCCUCUAACAAAAAUUUCAAAAUCUUCAUUUUACCUCGCAGUUUUUCCUCCUUUCCAAUUUAGAACAAAGGCAUUUCGUCCAAUGUUCUACAUCUCCCUCCCAUUGUGGAACUCUCUCCCACGGUCCAAUUUCCCAUCUGCACAUUGCCCCAUCCGCGCCGAGAGUCCUCCGGUAGCGGUUUCCUCGGCUUUACUUACAGUUUUCCCCCCUCAGGGCCGUCGGCUUGUCUGCGUUGUGUAACGUCGGUUCGUAGCCAUCGAUGAAACUGCCUAAAUUAAAGGCGCAUGGGGAUCGCUGGGAAGGAACUUUUAAUGUCUGACUCUGAUGUCUUCAUUGGUCUUGGCUUUUUACGAGGGGAAAAGUGACCCGACGAAUUAGGUAUUUUUACGAGUAUCUGCCAUGGUGGGGUGCUCCUUGGGGUUUUAGGUUGGAUGAUUGGACGAACAGAAGCUCAGGUACGGUGGGAUGGAGGAAGGGAGGCGCUGGGUACCGGAUUUGCUAGAUUGAUUGUGGGAAGAGGCGCAGUUUGUUCUGGUGAUGUCAAUUGUGGUCCUGGUGUUUGUGUGGGAAUUAUUGGUGUUACGACGUACAGAGGGAGUGCACUUCAUCUGAGCCGGUAGAUUAUCGAGUAUGUUAUUUUUUCCAUUCAAUUUUCGUCUCUAAGUUGCUUGUCGGCUGCCUCGGAAUUCUUGGUGUAUUGUUGUUCUCAGUGUGUUUGUCUAAUCUCGGUCACUACCAGUUUGCUUCUUUCCAAUCCCAUCCAUUCCAGGAAACUAUUGAACUUUACCUUUCGCACAAUAAUUGCAUCUACGAUCUUUAUCGAAUUCUGGCCUUAUCUUAACGUUACUUUGAUGAAUUAUAUUGCAUCUUCCUACUCCAGGACUAGAUGCUAUACAACCGCUCUCGCUGCUGGGGUAGCAAUUCCUUGGCUUAAUAUUGAGUUCUCGGCCUGCUUAAGCAUACUAUUGGGUAAAAAGAUCGGUUGAGGAUUUUUCCGUCCUUUGUAAUCUAUCUUUUUCUUGAUAAUUGUUAUUUUUGAUGAACAAGGCCUUGAAGAAGCGUGUUAGCUUA